AUGAGCUUCACCCAAACUUCAUCUUUAUACAACUUUGAAGAUACUUUUACAUCCUGGCCACUAUUACAUCGUUAUCAAUAUCGACGAGAAAAGCAAGAAGAGACAGUGGCAACAGCCAAUGAGAAUCUGCAAGGAAUAUCGCAGGAACCAGUUCCCUUUGAAGACUUUAAAAUAAACUUCGGUAUAAAUCCGGACAUCUUAGCUACACCAAGUUCAUUAGCUAUUGAUUUAGCGCUUGCACAACCACCGCAACAGCCACCCUCAAUUACUUCCAGUUCUGCUGCUACUGAAGCCUCCUUUAUCGAUUCAUUUUUGUUUCAAGGGCAGCGGACAUUGCUUGAUUUUCCUGCUAGUACUAGUAAUAGCAAUAAUACUACAUCAUCCAUGCUACCUUUCCCAUUACCUACAGCAUUAAUACAACCAUCACAGGACAUAUCUGCUGCCUCUGUUCUGGACGAUAAUGAGCAAAAAGCAUUUUCGAGUUUUUUAGAUGCUUUUUUUAUGGACCCUGACACGCAAUUAAUAGAGAACAAUAACAACAAUAACUUUACUGCUGCUACUUUAAGUAAUGAUGAUUCUUAUAACAGCCUCAACAGCAACAUCAAUCAGCAAAUAUUUGAUGAAAAUGAGCAAGAAGAGUUAAGAAGGAAUUCUAUUCUACAGUCGUUAGAUGACCAAAAGAAACUUCAUCAAAAAUUAAAUCUCAUUGCGUCACUUCCUCAAUUAAGUAGUAGCAAGUAUAACACUUUAACAUUAUCACCAUCGCCAACAUCACACAGUACGACAUUAAAUGAUCUUCUGAUCAAAGCGACACCCACUUCUAACAACACGGCUUCAUUGACAGCAGACGAAAGCUGUCAGCAAAAAGCAAAAGCUACAACUACUGCUAGUUCAAAUGUACCAGAAUCUAUAUUUCUCAAGCGAAGUGAAUAUCUAACACCACCCUACACUUCUUUUUAUUCUACUCCUCCACCUCCUUCAUCGCAGGAGCAACAACAACAGAUGUUUUCAUCACCAAUUGUGAUAGAGGCACCAUCUUCUACUACGACUAGUAAUAUAAGUAGUUCAAGCAAUAAGAAGAAAAGACACUCUGUAGCAAGCAAUCAAAACCUUGAAGAAGAUGAAGCAGAACCAUUGAACCAUAAUAAUAGUACCAACGAAUGCAAAAAAGCAAAACGUAGUCGCACUACUUACCGUGAGCUAUUGACAGAAGAAGAGAAAAGAGCUAACCACAUCGCCUCUGAGCAAAAGCGUAGAACAGCUAUUCGCAAUGGGUUCAAAGACUUAACGGAAUUAGUGCCUACAUUGAAAAAUGUAAAUAAUUCAAAGAGCAAUGUACUAUUCAAGGCUGUUGAGUUUAUUCGUCAUUUGGAAAACAGAAAUAGUAGCCUAAGGGAGAAAAUUAGAUCCUUGGAACUAAGAGAUGAGGCAGCAAACCGUCUGUCCCAUUUACAAGACCGACAACUUCCAUCCUUUAACCCUACUAAUACUGCUGCUGUAGCUGUUGGUACUUCCAAACGUACUAGAGAUGAUGAUAAUGAUGAAGUAGCGGAAAAAAGUGCAACUACUGCUAUAUCACCCUCGAAUAUGAACGGAAAAACGAAUAAAACCCUUCACCCACAGAAACAACGACGACUCAGUAAUAGUCCUACUAUUAUUAGUAGGAUUAGUAAUAGCAAUAGUAGCACCUAUACUGAUACACACCAUACACAAGAUAAUUUAACUCGAUCAUACAGUUAUCAACAGCCUUAUACUACGACAUCACCAACAAUGGCAAAUGCACCUACUCUACCUCUUAGUGCAAGAAACGCGCUUUUAGCUCAUAAAAAGCAAGAGAAGCAACUCCUAUUACUACAAGAGCAACUACAGUUGCACCAAAGAUUGAUUGCUGAACGAGAAGAACAAAAAGAAAGAAGCAUCCAUCGACAUCUUGCUGCCGCUGCUAAAGCAGCAAUUGGCCAACAACUGCAUGAAACACCUGUACAUAUCAAGGCUGAACCACAAUAA